AUGGCUAGUGUCGCGCGGUCGAACCCGAUCGUAUUGUUGUCGACGGUACAAGCCGAAGCGCUCGACGCACACGGAAAUCCCUUCCCCGUUCGUAUUCUGUUAGAUAGCGCGAGCCAGCUAAACUUUAUUUCCGAAAGUUGCAUGCAGAGGGGUGGUUUCGGACGAACCAAGUGCCAUACGGUAGUUCUCGCGGUAAAUGAUACAAGGGCGGCUGCAACUCGAGGCCGCACCUCACUCGUAAUACAAGCACAGGGCAGGGAAAGCACGCGCACCCCAGUAGAGGCUACGAUUCUUCCGCGCAUCUCCGCCCCGUUACCUAGCAGUCAGGUCGAGCGAAGAGCGUGGAAACAUUUGAACGGAUUGCGGCUAGCUGAUCCGCGGUAUCACCGACCCGAUCCCAUCGACAUCCUGAUCGGCGCAGAAAUCUUCGCGUCGUUACUUCGGGAUGGCCGUCGCGUGGGAAAGAAGGGCGAACCAGACGCCUUCAAUUCCGUCUUCGGCUGGGUUCUCGUCGGUUCGGUAUCGACGCAGGCGCCGGGAUCCACACAUUCGUUUAUGACUCUCGAUUCGUUGGACGCAUCUCUUAGUCGAUUUUGGCAACUAGACGAGAUUCCAUCGGUCCCACCGUAUUCGCAGGAGGAUAAACGUUGCGAAGAAUUAUUCGCUCAGACCACGCGUCGGGACGCGUCCGGUCGUUUUGUCGUAUCGUAUCCUUUCAAAAGGGAUAAACCUUGUUUUGUCGGCACGCGUCAAGUAGCCCUAAAUAGAUUUCGCGCACUUGAGCGUCGCUUUAAAUUAGAUGCAGAGUUUAAAUUGAACUAUAACAAAUUCAUGCAGGAUUAUUUGAAUAACGGUUAUAUGAAACUGAUUAAACGGCCGUUCCCGGUGGACGGACCUGUAUUCUAUUUGCCCCAUCAUGGGGUAGUCAAAUCGGAUAGCACUACCACAAAAUUGCGGGUCGUAUUUGACGCCUCGGCGAAGGAUUUGAACGGCGUUUCGUUGAACGACGUAUUGCGAUCCGGGCCUAAGUUACAGACGGAUAUAGUCGUGAUAUUGUUGAGGUUCCGGGUAGGCCGCGUGGCGCUCACUGCGGACGUCAGACAAAUGUUUCUUCGGAUCUUGGUCGAGCGCGGUCAAUGUGACUACCAGAGAAUAGUCUGGCGUUUCUCGGAGAAUGAUCCGAUAUUAGACUACUUGAUGUUGACCGUCACUUUUGGAUUGACGUGUUCUCCGUUCCUGGCAAUCGCCUGCUUGUUGAAAUUGGCAACGGAAGGCAAAGUGAGCUACCCUCUGGCCGCGGCGGUCUUGGAGGAGAGCGUCUAUGUCGACGACGUGGUGGCGAGCGCCGAAUCUGAGGGGGAAGCCCGUGAGCUUCAGCGGCAGCUACAAGCUUUGCUUAAAACCGCGGGUUUCGGGCUCAGGAAAUGGGCCAGCAGCCAUCCGUCAGUCUUAGCAGGUCUCGAUCCAGAGCUUUGCAGUUAA